AUGAACAGGAAGUGGAAUAUGUUCAUUGCAAUCAUGGUGUUCUCAACAAUUUGGGGAUGUUUUAUCGCUGGAAAACCGGCGAAAGAAUGUGUUUUCAACGGAACAGUGACUGGGCUCGAGGAUAAUUGCACUCGGAUUACUGGAAAUUUGGUAUUCGGAGGUUCUGAUCCUGUUGCUACCCUCUAUUCCAAAUUGGCCUACGUCGAGGAAGUGAAUGGAUGUGUUCAAGUUUCCGAAACCACUUACCCUCGUCUUGACUUUUUCGCCCGUCUGCGUACUGUCGUUUGUACCAAUACUAGUUUCCCAGUAGACUUUAUGGUCGCAAAUAAUUCUGCUCUCGAGCGUUUGGGAAUGCCGUAUCUCAGAGUAAAUCGUCUGGGACUCACAUUCAACCCGAAGUUGUGCAUUACUUCUGAGGAAGGGAUGAGGUAUACAAAUGUGCAGAGAGGGCAGAACGAUAGUUUUGUAGUUUGUCAAGGAAGAGCUGGACCAUUGAAAGAGUGCAACUCGACAAUGAAUGGAAUUAAUGGCGGAUUAACUGAUGGAUGUGAGCUAAUUACCGGACACUUGUACGUUGAGGGAACCAACAAUGCCAACAUUACGGAUAAGUUGCAAUAUGUUAAGGAAGUGUAUGGAAGGGUCUAUAUCCGAUCCACCAAUUUGAACACUCUAUCGAUGCCAUUGUUGGAGAAAGUCUACGCAUCGGAUCCAAUGGCAACAGCUACUCUCGAGCCAACCUUCUCUGUCUCUGGAAACACCAACUUCACUAAACUCCAAGUUCCAAAAGUCAACUUCAUGGCAAAGAGCGACCAAGCCUUCUUGACUUCCGACGCCUCCUACGUCAUGGAUCAAGAUCUUUGCAAUCAGUUGUCCCCCUAUGGCCAAGUGGUGUCUAAUGGAACGGUCUGUGUUGCGAAGAAUACACCACGCCACAAUCAAUGGACGUCAAUCAUUCUCGCGCUCGGCAUCUCUAUGGUGAUUUUCAUAUGA